AUGGCGUUGAAUUCAUCAUGGAUCAAUGACUAUAUGAGAAAUGGAAUGUCAUUCCCAGAUUAUAACAAGUGGAUUCCAAGAUUAUUUAUGUUGAAUAUUGAUUGCGAUUAUAAAUUUGACAAGAAAUAUGAUCUUGGCUACAACACAUAUAACUGGAAGGAAUUCCAUAAUACAUUACUCAAACCUUAUACAGGAAGAAGAGGUUACAAGAUAAUGUUAUCAUGGCAAGCUCACAAUGAUUGGUUAAAGACUCUUGCAAACGUUCAAUUAAGAGAGAAACUUGCAACAAAUGUUGCUAGUGUUAUCAACGAAGGAGAUAUUUGGGAUGGAACUGAUGUCGACUUUGAAUAUCCAUACUCUAAAGCAGAGUGGACAGUUUAUGGCGAAUUCCUUAAAUUACUUCGCCAGAAAGUCAAUUCAUCUAAAUUAGUUUCAUUCACUCCACACGCAUACAUCAAAGAUCUACCUAAAGAGUACAUGCAAUACUUAGAUUAUGUAUUAUUCCAAUGCUACGGCCCUAAUUUGAUUGAUGUGUGGAAAGAUGACGAAUAUAUCAAGAUUUAUAACAAUGUGUUAAACUCUGGAUAUCCACGAGUGAAGAUUGUUUUGAGUUACAGUACAACAACAUCUUAUGCAUUCAUUGAUAAAAAGCAUAACAAUUCCAUGCCUGAUGAAGAAUUGUUCAAGAAUUUAUGGAAUGAGAACUUCACAAGAGAUACAUGGACAACAAACAAAGAAGGCUAUGAUUACUAUUUCAACAGCUACAACUCUGUUUACUUCAGAGCCAAAUACAUGAGACAACAAAGAUCUGCAGGAACAAUGUAUUGGGAUACAAUCAGUGAUUUAAGAACAGAUCAUCCUCUUUCUUUGGCAAAGGCUCAGUCUUUCGCAUUAGAAGGAAAUGUUGAUUUAAUUGUCGAUAAAGUAGAAAAUGCACCACCAACUCCUUAUCCAUAUCCAACGCCAAUUCCAACACCUUCCCCUACAAUCACUGAAACGCCAACAUCAGAACCAGUUCCUCCUUCUCCAAAUACUCCAUCACCAGAACCAUCUAGACAAACGCCAUCAACAAAGCCAAAUCCGGAUGACCAAAAGAAGAAAACAAUAAUAAUUGCCUCAGCUUCUGCUGCUGGAGGUUUAGUUGUCAUAAUAAUUGUAAUUGUUGUUGUAUGCUUGGUAAGAAAGAAAGAAAAGCAAUCUGAAAUUCAUGAUACUAUGAUGACUCUGGUGUAA